GGCUGAGGGGAAGUUCCGCCCCGACCGCUCCGUUCCCGGGGCCGCCGUCCCUCCCUCCCUCCCUUCCUCCCUCGGCGGAAGGCGGGAAGCGGCGCUGGCGAUGGGCGACAUCCACGAGGUGCCGCGGCCGCGCAUCGCCACGGGRCAGGUGGCGCAGCACAUCGGGCAGCCCGUCUGCUUCGUGGGGCGCGUCGAGAAGAUUCAUCCCAGUGGGAAGCUUGUCGUGCUUUCGGAUGGACUCGGAAAGCAUACGACUGUGGAGCUGAGCGAGCCUCUAGAUGAGGAGAUUUCAGGAGUUCUUGAAGUGGUGGGAAGAGUAACAAAUCAGGCAACCAUCAUGUGUGCAUCAUAUGUCCAGUUCAGAGAAGAUAAAAGUACAUUUGAUCUGGAACUCUACAAUGAAGCACUAAAAAUUAUUCAUGAAUUCCCUGAAUACUUCCCAUUUGGUACUGGAAGAACUUGAUUUUUAUUAGCAUAUAUUUAGAGCUUCAGAUGGGACAACAGUAGUGUGGUUUCUGCCUGACAGCAUGGUAACAGUUGCAUUYAUUUUCAGCAAAUAUACUGGACACUGUUACAUGUGCUAAGUAUUGCCAAUGAGGAGUAUUUUCUUUGCGUAUGUAUUUAUUCAGCAAGGAGAACGCUUCUAUGAAUGUCUCACUCACUGUAUAUAUUUAACCCUUUUGCAUCUAUGAGACCUCGUGCAAGGUUGGACUUAGCAGAAACUGAAAUUUUGUAAGCAUCCUUUUUUAGUUGGUCGAGGUUCUAUGAUUACAGGAAAUUCGUACAGAAAAAAAAUGGUGGGUUUUUAAUAYAAAGAUUUUUGAUGUGCUUUGAUACAAAUUUAUUCGAUGUGGAGGGGUAUUUUGCAUCUUGAAAAUGGUAUCUUCACCAAUAAAAAAGAUUCACUACAUUUAA